AUGAUGACCACUGCCAUCCCUUCUCCUCGGCGAGGCUGCCACCCUCCGGGCCUCGUCACGGUGGCGAAGAACCUUCUUCGGCUGCUGGUCGUGCUAGUUGUGCUCAUCACCUCAGCCGCCGCUGACACCCCUGGCCAAGACGGGGGGGAGCCAACGGCGGAAGUCGCCACCUACAUCCACAGCUGCGACGAUCUUGUAAUGGACAGGACAGUCGUUCGCGGCUCCGUUGCCCUCAUGGGCAACAUCAUCUGCGCUGAGACCAAGGGAAUGCGCCAGGAAGCGCCACCAGCGCAGUGA